CUCAAGCAGUGGGGGGUGUACUAUGAGGUUCUCUUGUGCCUGGGAGUUCUAGUUGUCGGCCUUCGACCGACCCUGGCAGCUUAUGGUGGACAGACCUGUACCAUACCCACAUCUGGAAACCCCGGAGCCACUACCGUUUGUACGGGGACUGCUAACGGCUUUUGCUUGCUCGACACAUUCACCGUCACGGGUAAUCCUGUCACUCAGAUAGCGAGAACCGGAAAAUGUGUCUGUUACUAUGGUUACAGUGGACCCGCCUGUGCAACUGUGGAUCCAGUAUCUACGUCAAGCUCCUCCACCUCCUCCUCAAGCGGAACCAGUAACGCCAUUAUAGCACUGGGACUUGGACUCGCCGCAGCCUGGGCACUCAGUCAGGGACUCGGAGCAGGUGCUUCCCAGAAUGCACUUGGUAUUGGAAAUGGAUCUCCGCAAAGUGCACAGGAAGCCUUGUACAUUCGACAAGCUUUGAGUGGACCUUGAGCUCGGUUGGAGAGUUUGGUUGGAAGGGGAGGGGGAGGGGAGUAAAGAAAAUAUAUGGUGUUAAGGGAAGAAAUGGCUACUAGUUAAACUUUCAAGUAAAAUCAAGUAUCUUUUUGCUAUAUAAUAGCAAUUGUUAUGUUGUGAGGAAAUAAGUAAAUAUUUCAUUAAA